UUUAGAUGUUUGGGCUAUGGGGAUUACCCUCUACUGUUUCAUCUUUGGACAGUGCCCUUUUAUGGAUGAGAGGAUUCUAAGUCUGCACAGCAAAAUCAAGAGUCAGAUGCUGGAGUUCCCGGACCAGCCAGAUGUUUCUGAUGAGCUGAAGGACCUGAUAACGCAGAUGUUGGACAAAAACCCCGAAUCCAGGAUCACAGUCCCAGAAAUCAAGGUACACCCUUGGGUCACUAAGAAUGGAGUUGAGCCGUUGCCCACAGAAGAUGAGAACUGCACGCUGGUGGAGGUGACGGAAGAAGAGGUCGAGAAUUCAGUGAAACACAUCCCAAGUUUGGCCACUGUGAUCCUGGUGAAGUCCAUGAUCAGGAAAAGAUCUUUUGGGAACCCAUUUGAGGGCAGCCGAAGAGAGGAGAGAUCCUUAUCUGCACCAGGGAAUUUGUUGACAAAAAACAAAUCGGGGAAUGUGAAGUAUUACUUCAGUCAAAGGAAGCAAGGCAGCGAAGACAACCUCAAGCUCAGCAGCGACCUGCCAGAUGUGGACGAAGACGAAUUGCUUUCUUGAAAUGGACCCUUCUGUUUGCGAUGCGCCACCUGGUUCCCUGCUCCCUUCGCAAAGCAUGCACACCUGUGAGGGGAGGGAUGCCGCGGAGCACAAGGGGACUCAAGCAGCGUUCUGUGAGGUGGAGCUUUUAAACAACAGCAUGCUGUAAAAACCUGACUGUCCGCUCAUCAGCCUCUCUGGAGGGCAUCAGAUGUCCAACUGGAGACACUUCAAGCAGACCUGGGAUAGACCAUUUUACAGUUGGAACAGUGGGAUCCUUUAUCAGCCUGGCUUGACAAAAAGCAAAGCGAUACCCCCACUCAAAAAAGAUAAAUAAAGAGGGGAUGGGGCGCUACCUUAAAAACGGCGUUUUCAGGCCAGCCAGUCAGAACUCCAUAGAUUAGGCUCUCCCUGAGCAAAAAGUGGGAUAGAUCUAAUAAGUAUGACGCUUCCAAGCUUUUCGCAUGGUAUCGCAUCUGAAACUUGCCAGUAACGUACCUCUUUUCUCGCUUUGGUGUUCUCUCUCUUUUUUGUAUUUACACUUUUUAUUGCAUGGAAACAGAACACGCACCAAGUAGGUCUAUGUCAAGGGCAUUUUUUUUUUCCAAAAAGGCUAUUUUCCUCAUUCUCUACAUGCUGGAGUUUCUUUACAGCUUCGGAUAGCAGCUCGGCGCAUCUCCAAGCAGUGGGACCUUUUAUCUUAUAAUUGAGACUCAUACUCUGGCCGUCGGUCCGGCUUUGCUGGAUUUCCUGACUCAUUCCAUAUAGCUGCCUCCGGUCUUUUUGAAUUUUUUUCGUCUGCCAAAAGGGCUUGAAACUACCAGAAUCCUUGGAGUGCUGCACUUCAGUAUGAUUGUAUUCAAGCACAAAGUGAGAUGGCAAAAGGGCUGGCUAGAAAUGAAGUUCUGUCCGGCCGAUGAGGCAUUAAGAAAACUGUACUGCUGGAAAUUUUACUUGAUCGGCGUCUAUAUGGGUAUGUCCAAAAUUCAGGUGUUUUUUUUUAAAAAUCCAACGUUUCCUGCCAUGUUAUACAAUUCAAUUCAAUAACAAACAGCCAGCUUCUGCGUUUUUUUCGCUACAAGGGACUUUACUGAAAUACUAUAUAGAUUUUGCCACCCGUCAAUAUUCAGAUUAGCUCAUAUGCAAAAGUAGCUACUUCCUGACUUUCUUAUCCUAAAGCCUCCUUUCUUUUUGAACUGCACCAAGGUCUUUGUAGUCUUGCAUAUUCAUAGCUUUUAGCUUGAACGAUCAAUUAUCUCAGAUCAGGAAAUAAAAUGCCUAACCUCA